UUUCUCUCAUCACCCACACUCAGACACACACACACACUCCCACGUGCACCUUGUAUGCGGCUGCCUGAACGCAUGAAACACUCUGCAUGAGGCGACUGGUACUCUGGACUCUUAUGAUCCUUCAUUUUGAGUGUCCCCUCCUUCAGAGUGUGAGGUGGACGGGCUCCCCAGUGGUUACGGAUCCAGGGACUCCAUCCUCAGGCCUGGUGCGAAGAGGGACUGGAAAAGACGAAGGCAACUAAGGCGGAUUAGCAGCUGCAGCAGCUGGGAUCCAGGCCACAACAGCGCUGAGGCUGGCAGAGAAAAACAGCAGCCUACAUUUGGACUGAGUGGAGGUGCAGCCAUGCGCUGCUCCACCUUGCUUGGGAUCCUCACGGGGGUGCUUCUCUACUUGGUGCUGGGAGCUGUGGUGUUCCGCGCGCUGGAGGCUCCACGAGAGGAGGACAAGCACAUGCAGCUCCAGGACACGCGCCGAGACUUCUUGUUGAACUUCACCUGCGUCGGCCCAGACAACCUACAGACCCUUAUAGAGGAAGUGGUGGAGGCCGUCGGAGCGGGUGUGGACCCCAGCAGCAACAUCACCUUUGUUAGCCAAUGGGAUCUGGCCAGUGCCUUUUUUUUCUCAGGGACAAUCAUCACAACCAUCGGUUUUGGAAACAUCUCCCCCAAGACAGAAGGAGGGCAGCUGUUCUGCAUUUUCUAUGCCUUGGUAGGAAUCCCGAUGUUUGGUAUCCUGCUCGCUGGAGUCGGAGACCAUCUGGGUACUGGGCUGAGGAAAACUGUUGCCAAAAUAGAGACUCUCUUCCGGAAAUGGCGAGUUAGUCCAACCAUUGUGCGAGUGAUCUCAGCUGUCCUGUCCAUCCUGCUGGGUUGCCUGCUCUUUGUUGCAGUGCCAAUCCUGGUUUUCCAAGAGGUGGAGCAGUGGACUCUUUUGGAGUCGGCCUACUUUGUAGUUAUCACCCUGACAACAGUGGGGUUUGGAGACUAUGUUGCAGGGGAUUCUGGAAAUGAGGGGAGUGACCACUGGUAUAAGCCUUUGGUGUGGUUCUGGAUCUUGCUGGGACUUGCCUACUUUGCAUCUAUCCUGACAAUGAUUGGUAACUGGCUUCGGGUUCUAUCGAAGAAGACCAGAGCUGAGAUGGAGGAACUUCGAGCCCACGCCACUGACUGGACUCAAAACAUCCAGAAUAUGUCGGUAGAUUUUCGCAUUCCAGGAAAAAUUGAUGACCCCUUCAAACGCCGUCGACGAAAGCGCCGCCACGGCUCUCGCAGCCAUGGUCACAGUGUGUCAGCUACCGGGGCCCCUGGCCCUGAGGGGAAAGAAGAGCCGCAUGAGAGUCAGACAGGGUCUGGAUCUUACACUUCUUCCUCUUCCUCUAACGAAUCAGGGUCUGGAUCAGAAACAGACUCUCAGGCCACUCAGACGGAGCGAGUGCCUGAAGAAAAAACUGCAGAGACUCCUCCAGAUCCCCACCUGUCUCAGCCUCUGGACUACUUUGGGGAGAACCUUGCCUUUAUUGAUGAGUCUUCAGAUGCUCAGAGUGGUAAACUACACUUGGAUCCUCUGCUGGAUAGAACACAACCCAAUUCUGCACACUCUCGUCAGCCCAAGAGGAGACGCCACAGAAGGCCUGUUCCACAGAGAAGCCCCAAAAUCAACUGCUCCAAUCCUGACAAGAAGGAGCCCAAUGGAAACCCCAAACCAGUUCCAGAUCUACCAGUGAAGCCUUAAGAUUGAAGCUGCUAGCACAAGUAUAGACUUGAGAGAUAUGAGAUAUCAUAGUCUGACAGAGAAGUUCUCAAUGUAGCAAUUUAUUUGUGUAUAUGUACUGCUUAAUUAAAACUUAAGAUGAAAACGUGUUGCAGAAGCCUUAGCCACUUGUAGUUUGCAUUUAAUGCUUUUAGCAUGCUGAGUGUAUAUGUCUCAAUCAAAGAUGAUGAAGUGAUUUUUAUGGCAAUGUUCCCAAUACUUUCUGCGGAGUUACUGCUCUCUGCUGGGCCAAGACAGAAAUGCACUACCAUUCUCUCAACAUGAGGGUUCCCGCCUUUUACUAAUCCAAAUAAUACAAGAAACAAGAAAGAGCAACCAAAAACCACGUGGUCAGAAACUUGCCACAGUAGUGUGGCGUUUAUGUUAAAGAGCGGUUGCUUUGGUCUGAGACAGUUACUCUUGAAUCCUGCCAACAAUUAAACGGGUACCAAACAGGCUCUUGUACAUCUUUGGUAUGUAACAAAACGUUUUUUAAAUACUGUGUACAACCAUAAUAUUUGCAUUUUGAUGGCCAAAUGCAUUAAUCCUGCUGCACUGCAUAUAUGUAAUAAAGAUUUUUUUAAAUGAGA